AUGAGGAAUCAUUCAGUGCAGACAGAGUUCGUCCUUUUGGGUCUGACUGAUGACCCUGUGGGGCAGAUUGUAAUUUUUCUCUCUCUGUCUGUUACCUACAUGUUGAGUGUGACUGGAAAUUUAACCAUCAUUAUUCUCACUCUGCUGGAUUCCCACCUUAAGACACCAAUGUACUUCUUCCUACGCAAUUUCUCCUUUUUAGAAAUCUCAUUCACAACUGCUUGUAUUCCAAAGUUCCUAAAGAGCCUUGUGACAAAGGAUCGGACUAUUUCCUAUAUGAGUUGUAUGGCUCAGUUAUUUUUCUAUUUCUUUUUGGGAGUAACUGAAUUUUACCUCCUGGCUGCCAUGUCCUAUGACCGUUAUGCAGCUAUAUGUAAACCUCUACAUUAUACCACUAUUAUGAGCAACAAAGUUUGCUACCAACUUGUACUCAGCUCCUGGGCAACUGGAUUCCUGAUCAUCUUUCCUCCAGUGAUCUUGGUCCUCAAGUUGGAAUUCUGUGAUUCAAAUGUCAUUGAUCAUUUUAUUUGUGACUCUUCUCCCAUCCUACAGAUCUCUUGUUCAGAUACACAUUUCCUAGAGCUCAUGUCUUUUCUCCUGGCUGUGGUGACACUGAUGGUCACAUUGACAUUAGUGAUUCUCUCCUAUGGCUCUAUCAUCAAGACAAUUCUCAAAUUCCCUUCUGCUCAGCAGAGGACCAAAGCCUUUUCUACCUGUUCUUCCCACAUGAUUGUAGUUUCCAUUUCUUAUGGAAGCUGCAUCUUCAUGUACAUAAAACCAUCAGCAAAUGACAGAGUGACUCUAAGCAAAGGGGUAGCUGUGCUCCACACCUCCGUUGCCCCUCUAUUGAAUCCCUUCAUUUAUACCCUAAGGAACCAGCAAGUGAAACAGGCCUUUAAGGACAUGGUCGAAAAAUGUUUAUUUGGUUCAAACAAAUGA